CUUAAAUCUCUCCAUUCUAGCAUCUUGUGUUAAAGUACACUAGCAAAAUAUUUAGCUAGACAUUUUGUGUGUGUAAGAACUCCUUAGUGUUGCAAUCGAGGUUGAGAAAACACGAAGAAAUGGCAGUGAAAGUGGCAGCAGCUUUCAUUUUUAUGCUGUUUUUCUUGAGCACAGCAUGCCAAGCAAAACUCUCCUCUGCAUUUUACCACAAGUCGUGUCCUAAAGCAGAAAGUGCUAUCCGAACUGCCAUCAGAACUGCAAUUGCGAGAGAACGGAGGAUGGCGGCGUCUCUCAUUCGCCUGCACUUUCAUGAUUGCUUCGUGCAGGGCUGCGAUGCCUCGAUCUUGUUAGACGAAACAUCCUCUAUCAAGAGUGAAAAGACUGCAGGAGCCAACAGGAACUCUGCCAGAGGCUAUGAAGUCAUAGAUAAAGCAAAAUCUGAAGUAGAGAAGAUAUGUCCUGGAGUGGUAUCUUGUGCGGAUAUCAUUGCUGUGGCAGCAAGAGACGCAUCUGCUUAUGUGGGUGGUCCAUCUUGGGCAGUGAAGCUUGGAAGAAGAGAUUCAACUACAGCAAGUCCAACUUUAGCCAUCAAAGAACUACCUGCCUUCUUUGACGACCUGGGGAGGCUUAUUUCUCGCUUCCAGCAGAAAGGCCUUAGUGCAAGGGACAUGGUUGCAUUGUCAGGUUCUCAUACGUUAGGACAAGCUCAAUGCUUUACAUUCCGUGACAGGAUUUACAAUGCUAGCAAUAUCGAUGCUGGAUUCGCUAGCACUCGCAAGAGACGUUGUCCCCGUACUGGUGGCCAGGCAAAUUUGGCUCCACUCGAUUUAGUCACACCCAAUUCUUUUGACAACAAUUACUUCAAGAAUUUGAUGCGAAACAAGGGUCUCCUUCAAUCAGAUCAAGUUCUUUUCAAUGGUGGGUCCACGGACAGCAUUGUCUCAGAAUACAGCAGGAAUCCUGCGAAAUUCAGCUCUGAUUUUGCAUCUGCCAUGAUCAAAAUGGGAGACAUCCGUCCACUCACUGGAUCAGCCGGGCAGAUAAGGAGGAUUUGCAGUGCUGUCAACUAGUUUUUCCCUUUUUGCUUGAAUUGUUUUUUUCGAGUGUGCAGGCGCCCCCAACUAGUUUCGAUUGGAGGCCUGGUUGUUGUUGUCGUCGUCGUCAAGUGUGCAUAUGCAUGUGUGAUUUGUUUUUCUCGAAUUGUCAAGUAUAAUAAUUAAAGUGUGCAGAGGCAGGCACGUCUUAAUUAUUUUAUCAA